AUGGAGGCACCACAGACGCCGCAAGACGCGCUUCACCUCGGCGCUCUCGCGUCUCAGAAUGCGGCCGCGACACGGAAUCUGUACUCGCGCCUCGAAUUGGCCAACGGCAAGCGCCAGAAGCUCGAGGGCGUCUUUGAGGAUGCCGUCAUGAAGCGGCGCUUCGAGGCCGAAUACGCCGCUGUGCAGACGCUGCCCGAGGCCCUCGCCGCCAAGCAGCCAUCGAAGCAGGCGCUGCGGAAAACGGCAAAGACGGGCGCAGCAGCACCGCCGCGCAAGACGCCCAAGCUUCUCGAGGCGGCACCAUCUUCAUCGGCCGCCAACGGAGGCGAAUCUACGACGACGAAAGCAUCGGGGACGACACCGCAGAGCAUGAGCCUGACGGUGAGAGGGUCGCCGGCCAUCCAGCAGGUCAAGCCCGAGUGGCAUCCGCCGUGGAAGCUGAUGAGGGUCAUCUCGGGCCACCUGGGCUGGGUGCGCAGUUUGGCAGUCGAGCCGGGGAACAAGUGGUUUGCCAGUGGUGCUGGCGACAGGACAAUCAAGAUCUGGGAUCUCGCUACUGGAUCGCUGAGAUUGACCUUGACAGGCCACAUCAGCACUGUUCGCGGUCUGGCUGUGUCUCCACGACAUCCAUACCUGUUUUCUUGUGGCGAGGAUAAGAUGGUCAAGUGCUGGGACUUGGAGACGAACAAGGUGAUUCGUCACUAUCACGGCCACCUCAGCGGCGUCUACACGCUCUCUCUACAUCCCACGCUGGAUGUCCUCGUCACAGGCGGUCGCGAUGGUGUUGCUCGAGUUUGGGACAUGCGCACGAGAAGCAACAUCCACGUCUUGUCGGGCCAUACCGGCACUGUGUCGGACGUCAAGUGUCAGGAGGCGGAUCCCCAGGUCAUCACGGCAUCGCUGGACUCGACCGUCAGGCUCUGGGAUCUGGCGGCCGGAAAGACCAUGGGCGUUCUCACCCACCACAAGAAGGGCGUCCGGGCUCUCGCCGUCCAUCCUACCGAAUUCACCUUUGCAUCAGGCAGCACUAGCGGUAUCAAGCAGUGGAAAUGCCCAGAGGGCGCUUUCAUGCAAAACUUUGAGGGCCAUAAUGCCAUUAUCAACACCAUGAGUGUGAAUAGCAAUAAUGUGUUCUUCUCAGGAGGCGACAAUGGCUCAAUGAGCUUCUGGGACUGGAAAUCUGGUUAUCGCUUCCAAUCCAUGGACACAACCGCACAACCCGGCUCCCUAGAUGCCGAAUCAGGAAUCAUGAGCUCAACAUUUGACCGCUCUGGUCUGCGUCUCAUCACAGGCGAGGCUGACAAAACUAUCAAAAUCUGGAAACAAGAUGAAAAAGCGUCCGAGGAGACGCAUCCGAUACAAUGGACGCCGUCAUUGGCACACAGGAAAUUUUAG